AUGUCAACCGGUCUUUACCAGUCCUCCAGCGAAGAGCGUAGGCGGCUGCACCACGAAGCAGACGUGGUAGUGGUCGGCGCAGGAGUCUUUGGAUGCGCAGUUGCCUUUGCGCUCGCAAAACAAGGACGGAGCGUUAUACUGCUGGAAAGAUGGAUGCGGGAACCCAAUCGCAUAGUCGGAGAGCUGCUGCAACCCGGGGGUGUUUCCGCCCUGGAGAAAUUGGGUCUGGCGCAUUGCUUGGAGGGUAUUGAUGCGAUUCCCGUCCAUGGAUAUGAGGUCGUAUACUAUGGGAACAGAGUCAACAUUCCGUACCCUUACAAUGUGGGAGGAGUGCACAAGGCCGGAAGACAGGAAUACACGAACGAAAAGGGUGGCAAACCCGAGGGAAGAGCUUUCCACCAUGGACGAUUCAUCUCCCAGCUUCGGAAGGCUUGUGCCAGUCAAGCAAAUAUCACCAUGGUCGAGACGACAGUCACGGAUACCAUUUCGAGCGAUCACAACCCGCAAGUCCUUGGCGUAAAGUCGGAAACAUUGAACCCAAAGACUGGAAAGAAGGAGGAUGAUUUCUACUUUGGCCAGCUUACCAUCAUCGCGGACGGAUACGCCUCGAAGUUCAGGAAACAAUACAUCACAAAACAGCCAAUCACCAAAAGCAAAUUCUACGCUCUGGAGCUGACCGAUUGUCCACUACCUGCUCCUUUCCAUGGUACCGUCAUACUGGGCGACACUUCACCCGUCCUACUCUACCAGAUUGCCACACAUGAUACACGAGUCUUAAUUGAUGUACCCGAGAACCUCCCAUCGGCAUCCGUUAAGAACGGAGGAAUACGAGGACACAUCAAGAACGUAGUCCUCCCAUCCCUUCCCAAGGAAAUCCAGCCCUGCUUCGAAGCCGCCCUCGCCGAUGGCAAAAUCCCCCCCAGCAUGCCCAACAGCUUUCUUCCUCCCAGCACGCAACUGGGCAAAGGAUUCGUCGUCCUCGGCGACGCAAUGAAUAUGCGGCAUCCUUUAACCGGCGGCGGCAUGACCGUAGCAUUCAACGACGUCGUCCUGCUCUCCGACCUUAUCGCUCCCGACCGCAUUCCCAACCUCGGCGACACAGCAGCCAUCCAGAAAGCCAUGAAGGAUUUCCACUGGCAGCGAAAACGCCUGUCGUCUAUCAUCAACAUCCUCUCUAUGGCUCUGUACUCCCUAUUCGCUGCCAACGACCGGCAGCUCAGCGCGCUUAAGCGAGGAUGCUUCACGUAUUUCCAACGCGGAGGCAAUUGCAUCGACGGCCCAUCCGCGCUGCUCGCAGGUAUCAUCCGCCAGCCACUCGUCCUGUUCUACCACUUCUUCGCCGUUGCGUUCCUUUCCAUCUGGCUCGUUAUGCAGGAUGUCAUGGGGGGCUUCCUGGGUUUCUGGAAGCUGCCGCUGGCGAUUGAGGAGAGCAUACGCGUGUUCUACAAAGCGUGCGUGGUCAUUUUCCCAUUCAUCUUUAGUGAGAUGCGGGUGUAG